AUGCCGGCAUACCACGAGAAGGAUGGGACGUCCAAAUGGUGGGAAAAAGUUGACAUUAACAUAGGUGAUAAAGGAGCCGAUUUGGGGGAUGGGGAAUCUAAUGAUGAAAGUGAUGGUCUAGCAAGUUUGCAAGAAAGUGAUGCUGGCGAGGUUGGAAAAAAAAGGAAGCGGUAUAGACAGUUCAAUCUGAAACAUGACUUGAAGAUUCCAGUGACGUUUGAGCUUGGGGAUCAAUUUGCAGAUUCAGGUUCAUUCAAGAUGGCACUGAAGACGCAUGCUGUGCAGAAAGGGUUUGAUUACAACUACAAGCACAAUGACACGAGUAGGGUGAAUGCAGUCUGUAAAUUAGAGCAUUGCUCAUGGAGGAUUCAUGCCUCUACUGAUGCUACCAGGACUUGUUUUCAAAUUAAGACAUGCGAUGUUGAGUACCUUGUUCGUACUUAUAAGAGAGACUUCAAGGAUGACCCCACGUGGACACCAUAUGCAUUGAAACAGAGGGUGAAGAGAGACCUUAACGUCGAUGUUUCUAUUGAUCGUUGCUAUAGAGCGAAGAAUGAGGCAUUGCAUCAACUUUUUGGAAGGCACUCUAAGCAAUAUCGCCUCACACGGCGAUACGCGAUGACAAUACUCAGCACCAACCCUGGUAGUAGUGCUUUUGUACACAGAGAUGGAGCAUUCUUUCAGAGGAUGUAUAUUUGUCUUGAUGCAUGCAAGAAGGGGUUCAUACAUGGUUGUCGGCCCAUAAUUUGUUUAGAUGCUUGUCAUCUGAAGGGGGACUGUGGGGGGCAAUUGUUGUGUGCCAUAGGCAAGGAUGGCAACGACGAUAUGUUCCCCAUUGCAAUUGCUGUGGCCGAGGCAGAGACAAGAGAUUCAUGGCAGUGGUUUAUUGCCAUUUUAUUGGAGGACUUAUACGGGCCAGAUGGCGGACUUGGUUGGACUAUAAUGUCUGACAGACAGAAGGGGCUUGGAAUUGCAGUUAAGGCUGUGUUGCCACACGCUGAGCAUUGCUUUUGUGUUCGGCACCUACAUGCGAACCUCAAAGCGAAAGGCUACACAAGGAAAGCUAUGAAGGAUGAGUUGUGGGGGGCUGCACGUGCCUCCAAUGUUUAUGCCUUUGACCAUCACAUGCGGAAUAUAAUGUCAAUGGAGAAAGGUGCACACGAUUACCUUAGUGGUGUACCUAAGGCAUCAUGGUCCAGACAUGCUUUCAACUGCCAAACCAAAAGUGAUAUGUUAUUAAACAACUUGGUUGAGAGCUUUAACGCGUGGAUUAAGGAAGCUAGGAUUAAGCCUAUACUGACUAUGCUUGAAGAAAUUCGUCUGCAAAUAAUGGCACGCUUCCAGCAGAAAAGGAAUGGAAUCCGGUCGACGCACUACACAAUAUGCCCAAAGAUCCAGAAAAAAAUUGGAGAGGUCAAAAAACGAUGCAAGGAAUUGUAUUAG